AUGGAUUCUAAAACCACUUUCGAUAUCAGUACAUUAAUUACUACAAUCGACUUUGCUGCGAAAAAGCAUGUGAAACAGAGGAGAAAGGAUUCGGACGCUACCCCAUACAUUAAUCAUCCGAUAGGAGUGGCCAAGAUUCUCGUCGAUGCGGGAGUAACGGACGUCGCUACACUUCAAGCUGCUGUUCUUCAUGACACCGUUGAGGAUACGAACACAACGUUCGAAGAGCUUGAAGAGUAUUUUGGAAAGGAAGUUGAAGAAAUCGUCAAGGAGUGUACUGACGACAAGACAUUACCCGUCAUGGAGAGGAAAAGGCUGCAAAUAGAGACGACGCCCCAUAAAUCUGUAAAGGCAAAACUGGUUAAACUGGCUGACAAACUGUACAAUCUGAAAGAUAUACAAAGAUGUGUACCAGUUGGAUGGACGGUUGAAUAUGCACAAGGAUAUUACACUUGGGCCAAAAAAGUUACAGAUGGCAAGCAUCUCGUAGACAGCGCAAAAGGGGUCAACGAUGGUCUCACGUCUCAACUAGAAGAACUGUACAAAUCCGGAACGUUCGAACACCGUGGCAUGACAUACAAGUGUCAUCCUACAUACACAUAA